AUGCGUUUCUCUCCCCUUCUUCUCGGCGCACUUGCCGCCCUCACCCCCGCCGCCCAAGCUGUGGGCAACGCCAUCGUGAUAAACAAGUGCACGUUCCCAGCUUUUCUGAACUCUGUCGGCAGCCAGAUCGGCCCUGAAAAGUACCUGGCUCCUAAUGGUGGGCGCUACAGCGAGCCCUUCCGCCGCGACCCUCAAAGCGGUGGUAUUGCACUCAAGAUCACCCGCGAGUCUGGCGGUUUGGUAAAAGGGGCCCCGCAGACUAUCUACGCAUAUAAUCUCAACAACAACCUGAUCUGGUACGACUUGUCGAAUGUGUUCGGCAAUCCAUUCGAACCCAAGGCUCUGAGGCUUUCACCUUCGGACACCAGGUGUCCAACCAUCUUCUGGCCAAAUGGCGUGCCGCCCGCCGGAAGCCAGACGAGAAACUGCCAGCCAAACUCUGAUGUGAUACUGACGUUAUGCGCCUGA